GUGGGUGAUGUACGAGAAGCCGCGGUUCCACGGGCGCAAGUGCGUGCUGGCCGAGGGCGACGUGGAGAUCGACAACCCCUGGACGGCCUACGGGCAGAGCGGGCCCUUCCACAUCGGCUCCUUCAAGCGGGUGGUGCGGCCCGUGACGGCCUCCUCCAUCAUCGUCCACUCGGGCCUGUGGCUGGUGUACUCCAAGCCGUUCUUCGACGACGACCCUUACGUUUUGGAGCCGGGCGGGUACCCCAACCUAAAGGCGUGGGGAGCCAAAGACCCCUCUAUCUGCUCCAUGCACCCCAUCCGCCUGGUGAGCGCCGCUGCCAGCUGGGUGGGCUACGAGAAGGAAGGUUUCCGGGGCCACCAGUACCUGCUGGAGGAAGGCGAGUACCACGACUGGACGCAGUGGGGCGGCUACAGCAAGGAGCUGCUGUCCCUGCGCCUCGAGGCGCUCCCCGACACGCGGGUGGCCGGCUACGGCCCCGUCACCCAGUCCAUCCACGUGCUGAGCGGCGUGUGGGUGGCCUACGAGGGCCCCAACUUCUCGGGCGAGCAGUACGUGCUGGAGAAAGGGGUGUACCGCAACUGCGAGGACUGGGGCGCCGCCGACUGCCGCGUCGCCUCGGUGCAGCCCAUCGUGCAGGUCGGGGAGCACAACCUGCGCUUCGUGUCCAAGUUCUUCUCGGAGCCCUCCAUCUUCCUGCACGGCCUGGAGUGUUUCGAGGGGAAGGAGAUCGAGCUGAACACCGAAGUGCGGAGCCUCCAGGCCGAGGGCUUCAACAACCACGUGCUGUCGGUGCGCGUCAAGGGAGGGAUCUGGGUGCUGUGCGAACACGGCGACUUCCGCGGCCGCCAGUGGCUGCUGGACUGCACCGAGAUCACCAACUGGCUGACGUACAGCGGCCUCCAGCACGUGGGCUCCCUCUACCCCAUCCGCCAGAGACGGAUAUAUUUCCGGAUGAGGAGCAAGGAGCUGGAGGGCUUCCUGUGCGUCCCCGACGACGUUGAGGACAUGAAAGCAGGGCGCGUGGUGGUCUCGAGCCUGAGCGACCAGAGCAGCUUCAUCUGGUUCUACGAGGAAGGACUGAUCAAGAACCAGGUUGCCCCCAACAUGAGCCUGCAGGUCAUCGGGCCCGCCGGGAAGGGCGCCAAGGCCGUGCUGUGGUCUGAGAACCGCGUGCCGCGGCAGACCUGGAGCAUCGACUCUUCAGGACGGAUCCACAGCCAGAUGUUUGAGGACAUGAUCUUGGAUAUAAAGGGUGGUCGAUCGUACGACCGGGAUCACGCCAUCAUUUGGGACAGGUCAGAGGAAAGACCCACGCAGGUCUGGGACAUACAAGUGCUAUGA